UGAAAUCUCGAUCCGCGAGACGAAUCUAUGAGACCGUGGUUGGUUCCAUCAUCUGCUGUCUACGGCUGCGACCCGCAGCAAUAACACUUUGUGAAGUUUUAGUUUUUAAGAAAAAUCAAGGAAAAUGCUAAAGACAUUCAAGCAGAUCGGGCAAGCCCUAGUUAGGAAUGCUCGUGGCGUUCAAACAUCAUCAUCUGCCCUGAGUGACAACCUCUUUGUGCACAGAGAUUCUCCUGAGGACAAUCCAGAUAUUCCCUUUGAAUUCGAUGCUAACAAUAAAAAGCGUGCUGAAGCCUUAAUGGCCAUCUACCCUGAGGGGCACAAGAGAGCAGCUCUCCUCCCUCUUCUGGACUUGGCACAGCGUCAGCAUGGUUGGUUGCCUCUUUCAGCUAUGCAUCAUGUAGCAGAUAUACUCGAGAUUCCUAGAAUGAGGGUGUAUGAAGUGGCUACUUUUUACACAAUGUACAUGAGGAAACCUAUGGGAAAAUACCAUCUUCAGGUUUGCACCACCACACCAUGCUGGCUCCGCAACUCAGAUGAAAUUAUGAAUGUUAUCAAAUCCAAGCUGAAUAUUCAAGUUGGGGAAACAACUCCCUGCAAAACUUUUACUCUCUCAGAAGUUGAAUGCCUUGGAGCUUGUGUUAAUGCUCCUAUGGUUCAAGUUAAUGAUGACUAUUAUGAGGAUUUAACUGGAAAGGACAUGGAUGAAAUUUUGGAAGAUCUGAAGGCGGGAAGGAAGCCAAAAGCUGGCCCAAGGAGUGGAAGAUUUGCCUGUGAACCAAUUGGAGAGCCAACCUCACUUAAGGGUGAACCAACUGGACCAGGUUUUGGUGUUCAAUCUGGUUUAUAAGUAGACAAAUAUUUUUUUUUCAUGUUUGCAAUUUUUUCAAGUGGUGAGUUAGCUAUAAUAUCUUGAACACGCUUGUUUCUGACUUUGAUGUUAAUAAACUUGAAACAGGUAGGAGCAGUAGUGCAAAAUAUUAUACAAGGGUAGUGACUCACAUGUAAAAAUAUUUACUAGGAAUUGAAUGAUGUACAUUAAUUUUAAUCUAAUUGAACAUCUAAGUGUACAUAUUUUGAUGCAAUAAAAGGUCCUACAAAAUGGUCUUACAGUUGGA